AUUUGCAGCAGCACAAAUAGGGAAAUACCCUGGAGCAAAAAAAGAAAAAAUCGUUGUUUAUUUAUCAGACACGAACUGUUUUUCGUGUGAACCGCAGCCAAAUUUUGCAGCAUAGCUUAGUUUCUGCAUAUCAGGCAGAGUACGAUAAUAUAUAGGAUGGGAAGAAAUGUAUACGUUAUUGGCGUCGGAAUGACAAAAUUUGAGAAGCCGGGUCGACGUGAGAAUUUCGACUACCCCGACAUGGCCAAGGAGGCAGGGUUAAAAGCUCUCGCUGAUGCUGGGAUUUCUUACCACCAGGUGGAGCAAGCAGCAGUUGGUUAUUGCUACGGAGACUCGACUUGUGGUCAGCGUGCUUUGUACCAACUUGGAAUGACUGGGAUUCCAAUUUAUAAUGUCAAUAACAAUUGUUCAACUGGUUCAACUGCCUUGUUCAUGGCAAAGCAAUUUAUUGAAGGAGGGUUGGCUGAAUGCACCAUGGCUCUUGGCUUUGAAAAGAUGGAACGUGGCUCAUUAAAAGACCAUUGGAACGACCGUACACCACCUGGAUUACACCACGGAAAUUUGGUAAAGGAGAUAGGUGUAGUUCAUAAAGCUCCAAUAACACCCCAGCUGUUUGGCAAUGCUGGACUUGAGCACAUGAAAAAAUAUGGCACCAAACCAGAGCACUUUGCAAAGAUUGGAUGGAAAAAUCACAAGCAUUCAACCAACAACCCAUACUCACAGUUUCAAAAGGAAUACAGUUUUGAGUCUGUGUUAAACGGAAAAAGGAUUUAUGAUUACCUUACUUUGUUACAGUGUUGCCCCACAUCGGAUGGUAGUGGUUGUGCAAUCCUUGCCAGUGCAGACUUUGUCAGAAAACAUGGGUUGGAACACCAAGCUGUUGAGAUUGUGGCUCAAGAGAUGGCCACUGAUCUUCCAAGCACUUUCGCAGAGAAAAGCAGCAUCAAAUUAGUUGGUUUUGACAUGACAAAGCGUGCUGUGGAUAAAAUAUACGAGAAAACUGGUUUACGUGCUUCAGAUGCUCAAGUUGUUGAACUUCAUGAUUGCUUCUCAGCAAAUGAGUUGAUCACUUAUGAAGCGCUCGGUCUUUGUGGUGUCGGUAUGUUUAAUGCUUUGUAUUUGUUGCUGUGUAUGGUGUUGGUUGGUUGUGUAUGGUGUUGGUUGGUGUGUAUGGUGUUGGUUGAUGAUCUCAUCUUUCUUCUCCUUGUCGGACUCUUAGGAGGAUUAGGACAAGUCCUCUUGACAAUCGGACUCGUUUAUGAGACAGCAGCUACAUUUGCGAUGCUGGAUUCAUUUCAAAUUGUUUUUGGCUUUGUAUUUCAGAUUGUCGUCCUUGAUGAACCUCUGUCUUAUUUAAGUUUGGGAGGUGCUUUCCUCGUCUUAAUAAGCAUUAUGGGAAUGACUGCUCAGAAAGUUUGUCAAGAGAACAUCAACCAAAGUUUGGCACAAUGUUCCGAACUAAUAUGGCAGUUACGUGGUGAAGCAGGCAAACGGCAAGUAAAAGGAGCUACACUGGCGUUACAACAUAACCUUGGUAUAGGAGGAGCAGUUGUAGUAACUAUGUAUAAACUUGGGUUCCCAGAAGCAAGGAAAGAAUGGCUUAAAAGACAACCUGAACCACCCAUUCACCCUCAGCCAACCAAAGGACAGCUUGUUGCCGCAACAAUUUCCAAGGCCAAACUUUAG